AGAACCUUACCUCACCGACCUCUGCCUGAGGUCCCAGCGUCCGACCCGACCCGCCUUCGGCCCGCAUUCGAGUCCAUACUUGCGCCGCAAAAUCAACGAAAAGAAUCCAAUCCCUAUUUCCACAGCCGCCACAAUGGCGCACCUAGGGCCGGGCAAGGCGGCAAGCAGCAAGGAGCAGACGGGUCUGCGCUACCCGUCCAAUGGCAAGACCAUCUACCACCGGCCACUCAACCGCACCAAGACAGCCGAGCUCAGCCAGUCCAGUUUCGCCUAUCUGUUUUCCGAGAUGGUGACCUAUGCGCAGCGGCGGGUAACAGGUAUCCAAGAGCUCGAGAAGCGGCUCAACGUCCAAGGCCACCCGAUAGGGCUCAAGCUGCUCGACCUACUACUGAUGCGCGAGCCGCCGCGGACGCAGACGCGGCCGCUGACCAUCAUCGCGCUGCUGCACUUCAUCAAGAUCAACCUGUGGACGCACCUGUUCGGGCGGCAGGCGGACCGGCUCGAGAAGAGCUCCAACCCGGACACGCCCGACGAGUACAUGAUCGUCGACAACGAGCCCGUCGUCAACGCCUACAUCAGCGUGCCGCGCGAGAUGAGCCAGCUCAACUGCGCCGCCUUCGUCGCCGGCAUCAUCGAGGGCGUGUGCGACGGCGCCAUGUUCCCCGCGCGCGUGACUGCCCACAGCGUAGGGGGCAAGGAGGAGGGCGAGAUGUGGCCUGGGAAGACGGUGUUUCUCGUCAAGUUCCAGCCGGAGAUUUUGGAGAGGGAAGCGCUGCUCGGGAAGCCUUGAGCGGGGAUGGUGGAGUAUACAAGUAGACGAUAAUAUCGGGCGGGUUUCGGCAUCGGGUUGGCGUUUGGGGUUAGGGGACAGACAGUCCGGAUUUUACGUUUGGGGACGGUCAUUGGGUAUCACGUUUACGAAGAGAUCGGCUA